AUGGAAGCCCUCGUCGACUAUGUCAAAAAAUUGGCCAAGUCCGGCGAUGCAAAGACGCGCAGGAAAAUAUUGGAUCAACUACGAUCCCUAAGUCACUCUAUUGAGAGCCCCGACGACACUAUUCAGAGAAUCUCCUAUCUCAACUUGCAACUUGCAGGCCUCCGCAUCGGUGUCGAUUUGAAGCUUUUUAGCACCCUCACUGAAAGUCCAGGCCCGCUCAGCAUUGAUCAAAUCCGCGCAAAGACGAAAGUAGAUCCUGUUCUUCUAGGUCGUGUCCUGCGGUACCUUGCUUCUAUCGAUGCCAUCCAGGAGGUAGAUAAAGAUACUUUUACCGCAAAUAACAUGUCCAAGACUUUUGCUACAACUGGUGCAGAAGCAGCGAUUCAUCACUACUUUGAUGCAAUGGGCCCUGGAUUUCAGGAGCUGCCUGACUUACUAAAGGAUACUCAAUACGCUGAUCCCGAGGACAGUACCAAUACUGGAAUACAACGAGCAUGGAAAACAGACCUGCCUCUUUUCCUCUGGUUCCAAGAACAACCAGAGAAAUUGUCUUAUUUUCAGCACUAUUUGUUGACCAUGAAUCGUUCCGGAAGGGCGAACUUCUUGGACGCUUACCCAGUACUCGAGAAAACGACAACAAAUCUGGAUCCCGAACGAGCCUUGUUUGUGGAUGUUGGUGGCGGGUAUGGAACGCAAUCCAUUGCUUUCCGGGAAAAGUACCCCGAUCUGCCGGGAAAGGUGAUCAUGGAAGACCUUCCGGAGACCGUGAAGCAGCUUGCACGGCAUCCAGGAGUGGAAGCUUUGGCACAAGACUUCUUCCAACCUCAAAUCAUCAAAGGUGCCAAGUUCUACUACAUGCGCAACAUCAUGCACGACUGGCCCGAUGACAAAUGUCGGCUGAUCCUCAAGCAUUUGAUCGAUGCAAUGGAGCCUGACUCCUAUAUUCUCCUUGACGAAAUGGUUUUGCCAAACUCGGGCGUUCACUGGCAGCAGGCUCAGCUUGAUAUGCUAAUGAUGGCUGUUCUCGCGGCGCGGGAACGUACUCAUGAGCAGUGGAGCAAACUUCUGGAUAGCGUUGGGUUGAAGAUCAAUAAUAUCUACACUUACAACGACACUUUGCAGGACGGCAUCAUUGAGGCAGUGCGAGUGUAA